CUGCGAGCCCGAUUUCUAGAACUUUCGGAAAUUUGCGUUGAUUGCGCCGGCACGAGUGACUAUAAGUUUCGUGAGAAAUCGCACGAGUCAUUCACGUAUUGUAUUUCAUUCCGGUGAGCGGUCUAGAACAAUCGUCGUACACGAGGUAGAGACAUAUUAUUCCAGCGCACGUAAUGGAUCAGGUAACAUUGUUAAAAGAAAGUGGGAAUGCUGCUUUACAAGAAGGAAAGUUUGAUGAAGCCAUCAAGUGUUAUACAGAGGCAAUUGCUUUGGAUGGCAAUAACCACGUGCUUUAUAGUAAUCGGUCGGCAGCGUACGCCAAGGCAGAGAAGUAUAAGUUAGCAUUGGACGAUGCCGAGAAGACAGUUAAUUUGAAACCAGAUUGGGGCAAGGGUUACUCGCGCAAGGGCAGUGCUCUGGCUUACUUGGGUAGAUACGAUGAGUCCAUCAGCGCUUAUGAGAAGGGCCUGCAGUUAGAUCCGAGCAAUGCACAGCUCAGGAGCGGCUUGGCCGAGGUGAAAACACAGAGAUCGGCGGCCGCGACGAAUCCAUUCAAUUCUCCGGAUAUUUUUAUUAAAUUAGCCAACGAUCCCAGAACAAAGGGCUACCUGUCCGAUCCUAGUUAUAUCAAGCUACUGCAAGAGCUGCGAAGUAAUCCGCAGGGUCUUGGCACUAAGCUGCAAGACACCAGAGUACUUACGACUCUCAGUGUAUUAUUGGGAAUGAGCGACAUAGAGGAGCCGAUGGAAACCGAGCCGGCGAUGCACGCACCGGAAGCACCGAAGGCCAAGCCGCAAACGAAGCCUGAGAAGAAGGAGGAGGAGAAUCUGUCGACGGAGAAGAAGAAGGCUCUCGAAGAGAAGAAUCUCGGGAACACUGCUUACAGAAAGAAGAACUUCGAAGAGGCGCUACAGCACUACAACAAAGCCGUGGAGUUGGACCCCACGGAGAUCAUUUUCUUACUGAACAUCGCGGCGGUAUAUUUCGAGCAGAAGGAAUACCAGAAAUGUAUCGACCAAUGCGAGAAAGCCAUCGAGAUCGGCCGCGAGAAUAGAGCGGACUUCAAGCUGAUAGCAAAGGCGUUUACGAGAAUCGGUCACGCUUACCAGAAGAUGGCAAACUGGAAGCAGGCUAAAGUCUACUACGAGAAGUCCAUGUCGGAGCACAGAACGCCGGAAAUCAAGACCCUGCUCUCAGACAUCGACAAGAUCAUUAAGGAAGAGGAGAGGAAGGCUUACAUUGAUCCAACGAAGGCAGAGGAGGAGAAGGAACUCGGUAAUCAAAAAUACAAAGACGGCGACUAUCCCGCGGCGAUCAAGCACUACUCGGAAGCCAUCCGGCGCAAUCCGGACGAUCCCAAGUACUACAGCAAUAGAGCGGCCUGUUAUACCAAAUUGGCGGCAUUUGACCUUGGGCUGAAGGAUUGCGAGAAGGUCGUUGAGCUGGAUCCGAAGUUCAUCAAAGGUUGGAUUAGAAAAGGGAAGAUUCUGCAAGCCAUGCAACAGCAGGGCAAGGCGCUCACGGCGUAUCAGAAGGCCUUGGAACUGGAUCCACAGAAUAGCGAGGCGUUAGAUGGUUACCGUUCCUGUGCUGUAUCCGCUAAUUCCAAUCCCGAAGAAGUCAGAAAGAGAGCGAUGGCGGAUCCGGAAAUACAAAGUAUACUGCGGGACCCAGCGAUGAGAUUGAUCUUAGAACAAAUGCAGAGUGAUCCACGAGCUCUACAGGACCACUUGAAGAAUCCCGACAUAGCGGCUAAAUUGCAAAAACUUUUAGAAUCUGGUCUCAUAGCUAUUCAUUGAAGACAUACUCUAACCACAUGGAUACUUAUCGUCAUACUGCUCUUAAAGAAACAAAAAUCUGUGUUCAAAAUAUCACUCGAAGUAGAAGUUACGUUGUACACACGAUUCUUUCAUGCGGAUGCAGUGGCCUUUAGUGUCAUCGACGACUUUUGCAUCGUGAGUCUUGUCACACAGUGAUCAUAUGUAUACUGAUACAUAUAUAUAACAUACAUGUGUGAAGCUUUUUGUGCAACCAAGGAAAACAAAGUGUAACCUGAUGGAGCUGUGAACUCUUGUGUAAUAUUUACAUAAAAAAAAACUUACAGUUGAAUUGGUGGCUAAGCUAUGAAUACCACUACCUUGGUAAUUGACACGCAAUAGCGCUAUUGUAUGUUUCAGAUAAAAAUGCAUUAAGCUAAUAAUCUAUUAAAAUAGUAAUUUCUUCACCUAAAAUUAUUUCUGUAUAUGAGGCAGAUGUUAGAUUUACAUUUUACCAUAAUGGUUUAGUUCUUAGUACUGAUGUUAUAAUGAAUAUAAAGUAAAACUAAAAUGAAAAAGCAAGUAAUACGAGAAACGCUUACAGAAUAAAAACUUUUUAAAUUGAAUUGUCUA